AUGAUUGAUAUUAUCAAUUAUACAAGUGGAGAAACUAAACGAGCACGAACUGCGUACACACGUCAUCAAGUUUUAGAAUUGGAAAAAGAAUUUCAUUUUAAUAAAUAUUUAACACGACGACGGAGAAUAGAAAUCGCACAUUCGCUGGUUUUAACUGAAAGACAAAUUAAAAUUUGGUUUCAAAAUCGUCGAAUGAAAUGGAAAAAAGAUCAUAAAUUACCGAACACAAAGUCGAAACUACCUGAUCAAUUACCAGCUGCAUCUACAUCAUCUGACUCUUCAUCUCCGAAUUUAAUAAAAAAAGAACAACAAGAAAUUCUUUCGCCAUUUAUUAAAGAAGAAACAUUUUCCGAUGAAUCUUCCAAUUCAAAUUGA